AUGGCAGACGGCAGCAGCACACUACCCAGCAUUGCUGGGGAGCAGCAGCACAGACAGAAUCCCGAAGCAGUAAGCAGUUCGCCACCCCAGCGGAGCAGCGUCGUGCAGCCCCACCGCAGCGCUUGGUCCGCCCUCCUCUGGGGCGUCACCGUCGCGACCACAACGCUCCUACUCGUUUCCGUCGUCAUCACCGCCUUCGUCACGACCACGCUACUUUUGCCUCGCAUCGUCGUCCGCAGCACGUUCGGUCAAGCACCGGCACCACUGGCGCCACCUGUGGCUCACAGUGGCUCCGAUGCCUUGCCGUUCAGCGAGGAAGCGUCGUCCGCGGCAGCAUCAUUACACAACAAGCGACUGCUUAACGCCAGGUCGCACGAGACCAAGCCCUGCGACUCGACGGCGUGCGUGGAGCAGGCCAGAAUGCUGCUGAACCAGAUCGACUCUAGCCGAGACCCCUGCGACGACUUCUACGCGUACGUUUGCGACAAGUGGGCGCAGUCGCGGCCCUUGACUCCGGGCGCAGAGCGCGUCUCCGUGGACACCGUCAUGGUCGAAGAAUACGCAGAGCUACUGGCCUCGGCUCUGCAUGACAACGUUAGCCACAGUUUUCCGCAACUGCGUUUCCUUCUGGACCAUUGCAUGGACCCCGAACCGGUGCUGUUUGACAACCUGAUCGCCAUGUUCAUGGACACGACGCACUUGCGACAAUGGAUGGUGCGCGCAUCCUCAUCUUCCCGCCGGCAGCCGUCGGCCGCCGAAGUGUCGCGCAAGUUUGGCCUUGCCUUCCGGCAGCUAGGCGUAGACGCGCUUUUCAGACCUUUCGUGGUCAAGGACUUGUCGCACGAGAACAAGCGUUUCGUGGGCCUCGAAGAAGCGUCGACGGUGCUGCUACGAGCGCCGCUUGAGAAAGAAGAAUACGAAGUAGUGCGUGCUGGCUUCGCUCCCCUGCUGGCCUUUUUCCAGAACCAAACGGACGCGGACUUGCUGCGCUUCGAGAAACGGCUCUUCCGGCUGCUAGAGAAACCGCAGCUGGACGUUGCCGUGCUGGCCAAUGGUAGCACGGUCAAGGUGCGCGACUUGCCUGCGCUGAGGAACUUCGAGUGGACGAGUUUUCUUCAAAGCGUGUUCGGCAAGGGACUCAAGCCCAUAACCGCCCGAACCUACGUCAAGCUUGCCUCUCCCGAGCACGUGCUGAAUUUGAACCGCGACGGAGAAAUCAUGCAGUCGUCGCGAGAGCUGCUGGGAUACUUGCUGUUCCGCAUCAGCAUGGCGCUGUCGCCGCUUCUCGGCGGUACCAAGUACCGCGACCAGGUGGCUGCGGUAAGCUGCGCUCGACACCCACAGUUCGCGCAUGCGCUCACACCAGCGCACUACUGUCUUUGCCUGCUGAACCGAUUCGAGCCGAAUUUACCUUUGCACGCGGCGCGCAACUUGUCUCGGGCGCAACUGUCCAGAAGCGGUGGCGAUGGGGAGGAUGUACUCGAAGACCUGGUGUCUACGCUACGGCUCGUAGUCAUCGAGCACGUGCUGGUGCGGCUCGCACGUUUCGGCAGUGGUCUGAAGGCGAACCUCUUGGAGCUGCUUAACGCUGUCUCGUGGGAGCCGCUGGCACCACGUGGUCUGCAAGAAAACGCGAGCACGUUGGCCGCCUACCUAGAAGGCAUCUACAGAAACAACGCGCGCACCUCGACGGCUCAGUUUUUCUACACCUGGAUCCGAAAGUCGCUCGAAAAGCGGCUCAUGACACACAUGAGCUCUCGCGCCUCCUUCCAAGGCUGGACAGGCGGAUUUUUGAGCGCCGAGGCCCACAUGGGGCCGCCUUACAAUCGACUGGAGAUACCUCUGCCGGUAUUCGACUUGUCCCUCAAGGAUGACGCCGCGCUGCGGCCUCUCCAAGUGGCCAGAGCCGCGCCCCGAGUCUACCGGCCCGUGUUUCGCGCCAUCUACCACUGGGUCUUCAACCUCGAGUUCAGUGGCAUGCGCGGCGGUGUUCAUAGCCUGGUGCAAGGCUUCUCCGACUUGCGACUCUGCCUUGAACGCCAGUACGGUUCGCUGUCCUGGGCGGAAAAGAGUGCGCAGCUUCACGCGUCGCGGACCUCGUGGUCCGAUCUGUGGGAUCUGCUGUCGGUGCGACCCGCUCUGGACGCGUUCCUGCUGUACGGCGGUCGCGUUUCACCCGACUACCGACUCAAGCUGCUCGAGCGCUGGAACGCUAGCCAGCUGUUCUUCCUGUACUACGCUGCCAACUUCUGCGACAACAGCAACAUGAGGUACCUGCGUGAGAACGCUGCCCGUGGUCCCCUCAGCCCAGCCUGGUACCGCGUAAACGGGCCUCUUCGCAACACGCCGGAGUUUGCGAUGGCCUUCGGCUGCAAGCCUGAUUCGUUCAUGAACCCGGCGCAGAAGUGCGUCCUUUCCAUCUGA